GACGCGCGCGGACGAUGGGGCAGGCGCUGUGCGUCUGUUCCCGUGGCACCGUCAGCCUGGGGGGUGCGCGGUACCUCCUGCUGCAGCGCCUGGCCGAGGGGGGCUUCAGCUACGUGGACCUGGUGGAGGGGCUGCGGGACGGGCGCUUCUAUGCGCUGAAGCGCAUCCUGUGCCACGACAAGGAGGACCGGCAGGCCGCCCUGCGCGAAGUGGAGAUGCACAACCUCUUCCAACACCCCAACAUUCUGCGCCUGGAGGCCCACUGCCUGGUGGAAAAGGGUGCCAAGCACGAGGCCUGGCUGCUCCUGCCCUAUGUGAAGGGGGGGACCCUGUGGAGCGAGGUGGAAGCGCUGCGGGAGAAAGGAACCUUCAUGCCAGAGCAGCGCAUCCUUCUCAUCCUCCAUGGCAUCUGCAGUGGGCUGCAGGCCAUUCACAGCAAGGGCUACGCACACAGGGACCUCAAGCCCACCAAUGUGCUGCUGGAUGAGGAUGACCAGCCUAUUCUAAUGGACCUGGGCUCCAUGAACCGGGCCCGCAUGGAAGUCACCAACUCUCGGGAGGCCAUGGCUGUGCAGGACUGGGCUGCCCAGCGCUGCACCAUCUCCUACCGUGCCCCUGAACUCUUCACGGUGCCCAGCCAGUGCGUCAUCGAUGAGCGAACGGAUAUUUGGUCUCUAGGCUGUGUGCUGUACUGCAUGAUGUUCGGGGAGGGCCCCUACGAUGCCAUCUUUCAGAAGGGUGACAGCGUGGCACUGGCGGUGCAGAACCCCAUCGCCAUCCCCACAACUUCCAGGUACUCAGCUGCCUUGCACCGCCUGCUCUCCUCCAUGAUGACAGUGAACCCCCAGGAGCGGCCCAACAUUGAGGACAUCCUACAGCAGCUGGAGGGACUGCAGGCUAUGCCUGCCAGCCAGGUCACCACAAGUAUCUGAGUGUGGCCCAUCGCUGGCCUAGGCUGUAUUGGGCUGCCCUGGACCUGCUUUCCCCUACGGCUGCUCCUGAGGGGAUUUCUGCACCCCAGGAAGAGUUGCUCUGUGCUGGAGGUGUUUUGGAGUCAGACGUUGUCAUUUGGGGGUGUGCGAUGCAGUGGUUUGUACCCUGAAUGCUGCCGCUGGGGCCUGCAUGCAGGCUGCUGGUGUCUGUGUGGCUGCUAUGGCCAGCAUGGCCCAGCACUAGGUUGCAGGACUGGCACAUGUGCCCUGCUGCUGAGGGCAAGGCCUCGCUGCCCUCUCUGAGCCCACAGGGCAGCAGGUAUGUCCUGCCCUGGGGUAUGGCUGCAGCCGGGCCCGGCCUUGUGCUGUGGAGCAAGGCAGGGGCAGGCUGGGCUCAGCGCCCGCUGCCCUGGCACCCACAUUGCCUUGUGUUUUGAAUAAAGGUGUUCUUGCGGA